AUGACGCCAGAUACCGACGGAGAGGUCGCUUCCGCGUUCCAGUUCUUCUCCUCGAGACUGCCAGAGGAGAUAUUGAUUAAGAUCCUCAAGUACCAUCGCGCCAACUACAUCCAUGGUGUGCUUGUUCUGAAAUACCACGGCUUUUCCCCUUUCGGCAUUCCCGCAUUCCUUGGCUUGACAGCUUGGGAGGUACACUGGACUGAAGACAAAGGAAGCAAGAGCUACACCCCACCGGUGGUCCGGCCCCUUGGCUUGGAGGUGGUGCGCAAGGUCUUGGAGAUUCGCAAUGUUGACAGGCUCUUUGCGCGUUGCAUGCUCGAAGCCUUCUAUAAGAGUCCCAUGGUGUUUCAGCACGGCCAGCCAGUUGACCUUGGCAUAAAGCCUAUGUGGUUUCUCCCCUGUCAGAUCGAACCCAAACUCGUCGAGCGCGGCGCAUCAAUCAAGGUUCAAUAUCGCAACAAUUGGCACAUGGGAGGCGUAGUAACGGACCAUGAGGCUGGCAUCGAGUGUGCGACAACGGGUAUAGACUUGGCUCUCAGCAAGAAGAAGCAAAUGCCGACCAUGAACGAGGAAGAUGCAGGGCUUUUGGCCAGGGACCCCGACAUCACCUUCGUCCAAACACCCAAUCGCCUUGCCAUUCAGGGUAUACAGUUUACUGGUGGUCAUGAAGAGGCAUGGUGGAUUCUCCCCAAGGGAUGGAGCGAGGUAAUGAUCCAAACAUUCUUCAUCCUACUCGAGCACCCAGAGUGGCUCUCGAGCAAGACUCCUCCCGGCGCUCCCUUCAUUCUGUCCCGGAAAUAG